AGCCUCAAGCGGACCAGGCAAAUCCAUCCAACGGAAUCACCAACAUAUUCAACCAGAGUAGCAAGGAAUGGGCAAUUUCUGGCGGGAAAUAGAACACGGAAGCAACAAAAAAUGAUAUUUGGUGGUUUUCUGAGAUACUCUCAUUGUUUGAGUGAGUAAUAAGCGGGCCUUGAACGGGAGAAAACAAGAAGAAUAUUGAUGAUUAAAGCCCUCUCUUUUCCAACUGACAAAGAAAGGAGGAAUUUUAUAGAGUUAUAAGUUAUGAAAGAUGGAGGAAAAUUUUAUGUUUAAAGAUAAUAAGGUUAGCCGAAAUAAGAUCAUCCCAUCAAAUUCCUGCAAAUAUCGGCCAUGAAUGUGAAUUAUUGCAACAUAAUUGAAAUACAGAAGGCUUCAGCCGCGUGCUUAUAAUUCUAUGGCCACUUUCGAUGAUUUAAUAUCCUACGGCCAUGUGGGGCUGAUAUUGAUAUUAUGAGCAUGUAAGACUUUCUUGAACGCAGGAUCGCGUCACGCUUCUCGUGCAUGUUUUUUUUGGCUCCAUCUAGAAGCUCAUAUAUUUAUUUACGCGGCCAAAAUUUACAAUUGAAAAAUUUCACCAGAUAAGCAUCAGAUCGUUCGAUGGCACAAAGCAAAAUAAAUACAGUAUAUUUUUGGAGAGAGAGAUGCCAGCAACUGCAGGCACGUAUAGCUGAACAAGUCCAAGAAAUCAAGGAGAAGACUCAACAACUGGAGGAUGCAGAUAAUCAUGCCAGAUUUAUCGAAAGAGAACGAAAGGCUCUGAAGCAGGAAUUGAAGGAUAUAAAGUUGGAGAUGGAAACAGAACAGAACAAGACGAGCGCAUUGGCUCGUAUUGGUGCUGAUAUACGCAUUCGAUUUCUUGAGAAAGCUAAAACCAAGGUUGUGGGUCUCAAUCCAGCAAACUUAGACGCAAAAUUCAUACAGAGAGGAAAUGAUGCGGCACAUCGGGCAUACGGUGCUGUAGAUGCUGCUCUCCUCACAGGAAACUUUCUCGAAGACGAGGAAAAGGCGCGCCUCAAAGCCGUUUUUCCUCUCAUUUACGAUGGUUUAGCUCCUCAGAACUAUAGCAAAAUGCCCGCAAGAAUGCUUCAGGCUAUUGAUUACCAGGGUAGUGUCGUUUCACUUUAUGCUCAAAAUAAUGGCUCAAUGAUCAAGGACAAACAAGCUGCCGCCGACAGUAUGAACUUCAUUAAAGACAAGUACUUGGAGCUGGAAGAUGAUGUAUUCGAAGAAGAUGAGGGUGUCGCACACCAUUUAAAGAGGCUUAGAGAGUUCGCAGAUCUAAUUAUCACCAAAGCUCGGCGAUAUGAUGCCAGUUCUGCGACACCUUCCACAACUUAUGGACCUCCUCAGACAUUGACACCCCUUGACAAGCCCGUAAUUGCUCCCAAAUUUUAUCAUGGUAGACGGCCUCCAAGAGGAAAUAAGUGAUGUAAGUGUCGCAUCUUUCCAGCUCAACAUGUUUACUAGGUUUACUGACGAGUUGAUUCCAGAGAGCUUUAAAGGGCCAAUUUAUCUAUCCCACCACUCCCUCAAUCAUUGAUUGCUCUCGCCACCACCCAGAGUCCUUAAACUUAGCCUUUAUUUAUCAAAUUGCGAUUAUACCCAAUGUUAAUGGGAACCUAGAGUUUGCCAAGCAUUUACCAUGAACAUCUGUGGCUCCAUUUCGAUACGAAUAUAAGUGGGAGGAAUGACACCAUUUCGAAGAUAGGGCUCUUUUCUUAUAUUUGUAGAUGGAAAAUUGAAUGACUGUUCAUUGUAUGUAAUUGUUCCAGCAUCUCAAAUUAUUGUCAUCCGAGGUGGGGAGUGAGGAAAGAAAGGGGACUCGCUAAUCACUGGCGCGGACUGAAUUCACAAUUAGG